AUGUCGCCUCCCACAGACCGGUCCUCCAUUUUGCAGAACCUCCGCUCACAAAUCAACAAUGGAAAGAUCAUCGUCGGAGCCGGUGCUGGCAUCGGUCUCAGCGCCAAGUUCAUUGAAGCUGGUGGCGGCGAUCUCAUCAUAAUAUACAACAGCGGAAGAUACCGAAUGGCCGGGCGCGGGUCACUAGCAGGAUUGAUGCCGUACGGCAAUGCAAAUGAUGUCGUACUCGAGAUGGCAGGCGAAGUCUUGCCGAUUGUCAAGUCAACACCAGUACUGGCAGGCGUGUGCGCCACAGAUCCUUUCAAGGACAUGAGUCGUUUCCUCAAGCAGCUCAAAGACCUUGGUUUCGCGGGUAUACAGAAUUUCCCUACUGUCGGUCUGAUCGACGGGACGUUCCGCCAGAACCUGGAAGAGACGGGAAUGUCGUAUGACGCCGAGGUUGAGGUUGUGAAGAUGGCGCGGGAGAUGGAUCUCCUGACCACGCCCUACGUGUUUAAUGUCGACGAGGCUAAGAAGAUGGCGAGCGCUGGCGCAGACAUUCUGGUUGCGCAUAUGGGCUUGACUACAUCUGGCAGCAUUGGUGCUACUUCUGGGAAGAGCUUAGAUGACAGUGUGAAGCUGAUCCAGGAGAUUCGAGACGCAGCAUCGGAUAUUAAGAGCGACAUCAUUAUCCUGUGCCAUGGUGGCCCGAUCGCGAAGCCAGAAGAUGCAGAGUAUGCGAUUAGCCGAACAAAAGGCGUGCAUGGCUUCUAUGGGGCAAGCUCCAUGGAGCGAUUGCCUGUAGAAGACGCCAUUACCAACAUUACGAAGACAUUCAAGGGUAUCAAGCCUGCAUCGUGAGCCUAGAAUGACUGACCC